GAAAUGUCGACUGAUGAACCAGAAAAAUCAGCACUGUCUACUUCAAAUGAAGAUGACCUAACAUGCAGAAGUCGGUUUCUGACCAAGCCUGAAAAUGUGUUCGCUCAUAACGCCUGGGAUGACGUAAUAUGGGAUGAAGAAAUGAUCGAAGCCGCCGAAAAAUCGAUUGAACAAAAUUCGACCUUGAAAAUGGACGAAAAGGAAGCCGAAAAAGUUUUAAGUGACGCUUCUUCUAACUGGGACAAGUUUUACGGAAUCCACGAGAAUAAGUUUUUCAAAGACAGAAAUUGGCUUUUAAAAGAAUUUCCAGAAUUGGAAGGAAUCGUAGACGGUAAAGAAUGUGAAAAGUUCAGAGUACUCGAAACAGGUUGCGGUGUUGGAAAUACGGUUUUUCCCUUAAUGCAAUAUAUUGAAUCAAGUCGAGAUUUCUUUGUUUACGGAUGCGAUUUUUCACCUUCAGCUAUUGAGUUAACUCACCAAAAUGCUCUUUAUGAUUCAAGCAGAUGUAAGACAUUUACAUGGGAUUUGACCAACGUUGAUAAUGACGCAAGGUUACCAUUUGAAGAAAAUUCGCUCGAUGUUAUAUUGAUGAUUUUUGUCCUGUCUGCUAUACGUCCGACGAGUUUCAAAUCAGUUAUUUCAAAUUUAACUCGUUUUCUCAAACCUGGAGGCUUGUUAAUGUUUAGAGAUUAUGGAAAAUAUGAUUUAGCGCAGUUGAGAUUCAAACAAGGUCGCUGCAUUGAGCAGAGUUUUUACUGCAGAGGAGACGGUACUCAAGUUUACUUUUUCACGCAGUCAGAGUUGCACGAUUUGUUCACGGAAUGUGGAUUGGAAAAGGUGCAGAAUUUGAUUGACAGGCGGCUGCAAGUGAACAGAGGCAAACAGUUGAAAAUGUACAGAGUUUGGAUUCAGUGCAAGUACAGGAAGAAGUAGAGUUAAAUGUAUAUAGCGUUGUUAUCUUGAAAGAGACAUUCAAAUUUGCGUGAGUUUGUCAGGUCAAGAAAAAGUGCGGGAAAGGGACUGAACUUGAACUGAUUUGUGGCUAUUCUUAACAAUAUUGCUAUCAUGAAAAAAUAUAUU